UUCUUCAUGGAAUCUGUAAUACCACCUCGAGAAUUUUUCAUAGUCCAGUAUCCAGGCAUAGUGAGGAACGAUGAUCGUGCGAUCGAAACAUUGGGAGGAUUGCAAUCGCUUAGCAAGUCUUUCAACUCAUUGACCCGACGAUUGCGCCUUUCAUUCAGACCAGAAAUGCUUUUUGCAAAGCCGGUAUAUGGUGAUCCACAUUCAAAAACGGCGCUUAUUAUCCGUGCAAAGCAACUCAGAAAUCGUCGCACCGGAGAAUUGAAAUUCACGUCGGAAAUAGUUGGCAUAGCUUCAAGAAUUUAUUCGUUUAAUGCCAUGUUUGACUUCCAAUACGGUCCCUUUGAAAGAAUUUCGGCUAACUUAAAUGAAACUGCUCCUGACUGUGCUUCGCCGUCGGAUAGUUUUCGGGUUUUUUAUGAUCGACUUUUGGUGAAAGGACCCACGCGUGUGUUAGAUUCCCAUUUAAGGGCUCCUGACGUACCCCUUUUCCUACCUCCGCUUCUUUUCACUCGGCUUGAUCAACCCACCAUGUAUUGUUUUUCAUCGCGUUUCCGCAUGAAUGAGUACGUGGAACUGGAAAAUAAUAGCCAGCAGCACCCCUACCGUAAGCGGUUGCCCCAUAUUUACCCAUAUUGGUCCGUUUGUUGGGUUUUCCAAGGCACUUAUGCCCUUCCAGACUUGCCGAAACCACAUAUAAAAUAUCGAAAGGAGCGCAAAAGCUAUGCAAUGUUUGUUAAUUUUGGAGAUCCCGUUCCGUCGGCUGCCCAUCCUGGAGCUCUGCAAGCAAUCACAAGCCUAGGGCCGCAUACGCGAAAGUUGGCUCAUGAUGUUGAAAAGUUGUUUCGCAGACGUCCCAUCUGGGGUAAGGCGGCUUUGGUUCACAGCUUGAACUGGAAACGUGUUCGUGAGUGUGCGAUUAAAACAAUUCUCCCUGCCUAUGCCUACUAUGUGCCAAAUGGACCCUGGGGUCGGGUCUGGAUCCGGUUUGGAUACGACCCUGCCGAAAAUCCCUCUUCUCGUAUUUACCAGACUGUUGACUAUCGCGUACGCUCACCUCGGUUGCAAGCCAAGUUAUGCAUUUCGGGUCGAAGACCACGAGUCGAUGAUCGUGAAGAUACUGACUUCUCCGGUUCGGAUGUUGAUGAGGCCAAGGACACCUCUCUUGUUGAUGCCGCCUUGGCUGCUAUGCACUCGGAGUCACCGUCGCCUGUUCAUGCAUCAUCAAAGAGCACCAGUGCCUUUCGGUUCAGUAAAACCAGCUGGCCAGACGCCAGGCAAAUCCUUUACCAACUCGUUGACAUUGACGUCCCUGAAGUGGUAGAGAUGUUGGCAGCACCCAUGUGUCGAAAGAUCUGUGACCCAAACCACGGUUGGAUGCCCGCUGAUUAUCAGAAAACCAUCCGAGAAGUCAUGACUCGCUACCUGGAGACAUGGGUCCUGGGGAAUGGCACACUUUCGAAGACAACAUGA